UUUCAUUAAAUACUGUUCCUUUAUAUGAUCAAAAUGUUGAAUUAAAAUUUAGAAACAAACAUGUUUCAGAAUGACAAAAACACUGGAAAUGGCAUGAACAAAACCUAACAAUUCUCCAGUGUGAUUUUUCUACCUGACCAUUAAAAAAACAUUUGUUUUCAAAAUGAGUAAAUGUAGUCAUAUGAAGUGCUUUGAAAUGCCUGAAAGUGUUUAAAACCCCGAUUCUAGAAGAAACCGACCGCACUUACAAUAUCAGAAGACAAACCAACAUGUCAUACUCUUGUCCUUUCUUUUAGCGAAGAAACCUGUGAAGACGAGAUGAUGCAGCACAAGAUUCAACUCGUUGUUUUGCUCGCAGGAAUCCUGUCCAAGGCUUCAUGUGUCCUGUAUCAAUUCAUCCUGAUCGAAGAGCUGAUGACCUGGGCAGAAGCUCAGUCGUACUGCAGAGAGAAAUACACGGCUCUGGCGACUGUUCAGAGCGAUGAAGACAGAGCCAAACUAAAGGAAGCAGCAAACGCUGUGAACUUUCAGUCUGUCGCCUGGAUCGGCUACUACAGAGACGUUUGGCGCUGGUCGUAUCAAAACAUGAUGAUCGGCUACACAAGGUGGGAUUCCUCUGAGCCGGACCUGUUCAACACAAACAAGAGCUGUGUGUUUGUGAGCAGAAACGGACUAUGGGCUGAUACAUACUGCAGUGAAGUCAGAUACUUCUUUUGCCGAACUGAAAAGGACAAGCUUCAGGACCGGUUUAAGUACAUCGAAACAAGCAUGAACUGGCAAGAUGCUCAAACGUACUGCAGAUCAAACUACGUAGACCUGGCCUCUGUUAUAGAUGACACAGAGAACCAGUUCCUUGCAGACAAGCUUCUUGAAAAGCACGACUGGAACGCCUGGAUCGGCCUGUUCAGGUACGUGCGGCAGUGGCUGUGGUCGGAUCACGCCAGAGCGUUGUGGUCCAAUGUGAAAUGGCUCACGGGGCAGCCCGAUAACGUGAACGGCACCGAAGAUUGCGCGAGCGCAGAUAUCGACGGACAGCUCGCUGACGACAACUGCUCGACUCCGCUGCCUUUCUACUGCCGCGAAAACACGAAAAUGCAUCGCGUGCGAGUGGCAGUGACAUCAGACGGAUAUCUGGACGAAUCUGCAGUGAUGGAGGCCAUAGAGAAGAAGAUGAAGCAGUUCCUCUCGGAUUACGACGGGAAAAUCAGAUCCAAAAUAACAUGGAGCGUCCAACCCGACGGGAAGAUCUUCCAGGAGCAGAAAACAGAGGAAAACGCACAGACGACCCCAACCGCAUGUGAUGAGUUAGGGCCAAUGAAACGCUAGACGGAUACUCGUCCAACCACUGAUGAAUCUUUAAGGUACAGGAAUGUAUAAUAAACAAGAUUUUAUGUUUAACACCAUUACUUUUAAUACAGUUACAAAUACGAAUAAGAUCACACUGGAUAAAACUACAAGACAAAUAC